AAAGAAAUGGAAAGUAAAAAAUUUAGUGAGAGAGAAGACCAAAAUUUGAAUUGGAGCAGCAAAGCAGGGUUUUAGGGUUUCAAAAAUCAAGGGGUUGUUCGUAAGAAGUUGCUGGUUCCAAAUCUACUGAAACCCCGUUCUAAUUGAAUCCGCCAUUUCUCAGACUCAGUACUUCAUUAGAAGGUUUAUAGGAUGAGUACCACAGUACAUAGAACUCCCAAAUCUGGUAGGCAAUCAUUGUUUUUCCAGGAUUUGGCUACACCUGUUUCCGCCCGAAGAGGAAAAUUUUCAAAUCCAGGCCAGGCUGCUGCAGUAUCUGCCCUAUGGCGUGAGAACUUUGGGGGUUCAGAUCUUCCACCUCCUCCUGUUUAUACGCUCGAAGACCGUGCAGAUUUUUCUCCUGAAUCUGGAAUUCCUGAUUAUCCUGUUUCACCAGAAGCCAAAUCAGACCCCAGAACUCCAGUCCGAAGUGCUAGUCGGGAUUUCUCAACUCCAUUGAAAAGUAAAUCGGAUGCAAUCACUUCCCAUGCGAUGAUGAGCGGGCAGCAGACGCAGCAGAGUCCAGCAAGUUUUAAUUGGUGGUCACCUUCAAAGAGUGGAACUGACCAAGAUGAGAAGGGAAAGAGUUCGCCUGUGGAGGGUGUUGUUCAGCCUGGUGCAUUGAUCACUCUUCCACCUCCAAGGGAAGUUGCAAGGCCAGAGGUACCGAGGAAUACCUUGCCUGCAGGGAACCUCAAUGAGGAAGAAUGGAUUACUGUUUAUGGGUUUUCUCCGGCUGAUACAAAUAUGGUUCUGAGGGAGUUUGAAAAAUGUGGUAUGAUUUUGAAACAUGUUCCUGGUCCAAGAGAUGCUAAUUGGAUGCACAUUUUAUAUCAGAACCGAUCUGAUGCUCAGAAGGCUCUAAGCAAGAAUGGAAUGCAGAUUAAUGGGAUACUGAUUGUAGGUGUGAAGCCAUUAGAUCCAAUGCAGCGCCAAGCUUUGAAUGAUAGGCUCAACAAUCAGGGCUUCAUGACUUUACCACCUCCAUCAUCUGCAAAAAAUGCAGAAUUCAAUGCAUUGAGAGCCUCCUCUCACCCUCACUAUCUUCAAAAUGGCAAUACAACUGUACGGCAGUCUGGAGGUGCCAUUGCCUCCCCAACAAAGUCGUUGGUGUCCAAAAUCGUGGAUUUGAUGUUUGGAGUUUAAGUGUUCUUAUCACCUAGUUGUUAAGAUGGUAUAUUGUGUGAGCAAAAAUAACUUUUGCGGCUAUUCAAUUUACACAGAUUUAACGUUGCAUCCGAUUCCUGUCAGACCAAAGGUUGUGAGUCCGAUUUUCCCUUUCCCUUACAGAUAUCUGUUUUUCACACUUUACAGUAGUGGCUGGAGGCUGUUAUAUGAUAAACAUGAAAUGUGGAGCUGGUAGUUUCUGUGUACAACAUAUUUUCUAUAACACUGUAUGAUUGGAAUAGGAAAUAUCUUUGCUCUCGAAAUUGAAGGGGCAUUUUCAUCA